AUGAAGCCACAGACACACAGCAUUAUCUGCAGCUCCAGCCCGAAAACACUCACUAUGAAGCCCUGGUAUCUCUACACUUUAGAGGAGGACCAGCACCUCUACGACCAGGAGUUUGACCUGGAAGCUCUGCUCAACCCCACACCGUCAAGGCCUGGGGUCCAGACCCACUCCACCCCACCAUCAGAGCCUGGAGUCCAGACCCACUCCACCCCAGACGAGAGCCCACUCGUCCUCACACCUCCAGAGGAAGCGGCUCUGGUCACGCAGCUCCAGCAGCAGCUGCAGCGAGCGAGAGCCCAACUCACAGAUCAGAAGAGAGUGAUCCAAGAAAAAGACUCUGAGUUAGAGAAAGUCAACGUUGCUCUUCUGAAAAAGGAGCAACAGGUCAAAGAGCAAAGCAGAGCUCACACAGAGAUGAGAGUUCUGUAUAAUACAGCUGUGAGUGACAAGGCUCAGCUCAAACAGGAACUCACAAACACAAAGAGAGUCUUGAGAGAGACGCCACAGAAAGAGCAGGACACUGCAGACACACAAGUUACUCUGCAGAAGAAGGACAAACAACUAGAGGAGCACAUUAAGGCUCUGAAGGAGACACGGCUCCUGUACAACACUGCUGUGACGGACAAAGUCACGCUCAAGCAGGAACUCAUAAACACAAAAAGAGUUCUGAGAGAGACUCAAGAGAAAGUCAGAGAGCAGGACAUUAUGAUCGCUGAGAUGAGAGAGGUCUCUGUGCCAGUGUCCUACAGCAAGAGCAGAGGGUCUACACUGGACAAAGAAACUUCUUGGACCAGCGCACAGAAGAGAACGACAGAAAGACCAUGUUCUGAAACUGCUCCAGGUGAGACCAUGAAGCUGAACCAGGGAUUGUCCAGGAAAGACCAGGAGCUGGAAUAUCAAGCCCAAGUCACACAGUCUUUGGAAUCAAAGCUGAAGAUACAAGAAGGACUGAUCGGCGAGAAGGACAGUGAGCUGAAAACAGUCAAAGUGACUCUGCAGAAGAAGGAGAAAGAACUAGAGGAGCACAUUAAGGCUCUGAAGGAGAUACGGCUCCUGUACAACACUGCUGUGAUGGACAAAGUCACGCUCAAGCAGGAACUCUCCAACUCCAAAAGACUCUCCAGAACAACUGCUCUGGAUGUCCCCAAACAAAACCAGCUGUCCCAGACUGAGAAGCAGCUCUACUCUGAGCUCCAGUCCACCCAGAGGGAGGUGAACUGUCUCAACUCCAAGAAUAAGGAUUUGGAGUUAUCAGUCAAACAACAUGAGGACCAACGGUCACAGCAGAAAAGACUCUCCAUCACAGACAAGAAGUGGGCGUCCAGGCGUCACUACUAA